UUAGAAAAGUUGAUGCCAGUGUUUGAUGGUGAGAACAUGGAGAUAGAAAUAUGGCCAGAACUACUUCCUGGAGAAAAGCCACAUAUACUCAUCACAUAUGAUGAAUUUAUGUUUUUGUCAUAUGAUGGGAUGCCAAUGUGUUGGAUGCCUAAAGAUCUACAACUUUUGGAAAUGGAAUUUUACAAGAUAUGA